AUGGAUGGAAGCAGCGGCGACACGCACCACAUUGGCCACGUCGAUCUCGAGAGGCGGGAAUCCCACCGGACGCCGCUUUCGCGAAUACAGAUCAUCUCUGUCAUGGCACCACUCGCCGCGGGAGUCUUCAUCGCAUCACUUGACAUUACCAUCAUUGUCACUGCUCUGCCCGAAAUUGCCUCCCACUUCGACAGCUCUCAGAUAUACACGUGGACUGGUUCAUCGUAUGCCUUGUCUCACGCCUCGACGACGACCUUAUGGAGUAUGAUCAGCGAUAUCUGGGGCCGCAAGCCCAUCUUGUUUUGUGCAUUAGGAGCAUUCUUCGCGGGCAGCAUCAUCUGCGCGUUUGUCGAUGACGUUAAAGGCUUCAUUGCUGGACGCGCCCUGCAAGGAGCAGGAGCGGGUGGGCUGACGACGAUGGCAAACAUAUGUAUAAGUGAUCUCUUCUCGUUGAGAGAACGCGGUCUUUACUUUGGGAUCCUGUCAGUGGUCAUGGCGUUCGCAAGUGGCAUUGGGCCGUCGUUGGGUGGGGUGUUCACGGAGAGGCUGUCCUGGCAAUGGUGCUUCUACAUCAACUUACCAAUAUCAGCCCUCGCGUUUGUCCUUUUGUUGGCGUCUCUUCCCCUACAAAACCCAAAGACUCCCAUCUGGCAGGGACUGAAGGCUAUCGAUUGGCUCGGAACCCUUCUAGUCACAAGCGGCACUCUAAUGUUCCUGCUCGGACUCACUUUCGGCGGCGUCGAAUAUCCGUGGUCCUCAAUCACAGUGGUGUCAUUGGCGGUUGCAGGCAUAGUUGUCAUCGGCCUUUUCCUACUCACGGAAUGGAAGCUCGCCAAGUACCCUAUGGUGCCGCUCAACAUUUUCCGCAGUGGGUCAAGUGUGGCCUCUUUUGCUAUAUGCUUCUCUCACGGCAUCGUUCUGAUGGGAGUCGGCUUCUAUGUGCCGCUGUACUUCCAGGCUGUUCUCGCAACGGGACCACUCCUGGCCGGGGUCUACGUCUUACCCUAUGUCAUAUCGGUCGCCGGAGGUGCCGCUUGCACGGGUGUUUACAUUCAGCGAAGCGGAACGUACAUUGUGCCAGUGUACCUAGGGCUGGCGAUGACUAUUCUGGGGAGCGGUUUGAUGAUUGAUCUGGAGCAGGAUUACAACUGGGUCAAGAUUGUGCUUUACCAGAUCGCGGCCGGUAUCGGUCUCGGCAUCAAUUUCGAGCCCGCACUGAUCUCGCUCCAAGCAGCCACACAUCCCGACGAUAUCGCGGCGGCAACAUCCACGUUCGCCUUCGUGCGGUCCCUUAGUACUGCCAUCUCGAUCGUCAUAGGCGGAGUGCUGUUUCAAAACCAGAUGCAGGACAAGGCGAACGCGCUGAUUGCCAGCCUUGGGCAGGCCGGGUAUACAGAGUACCAGGGGAGCGACGUCCUCGCAAACAUCUACGUGAUCGACAAGUUGCCGCAGUACCAACAAGUUGUCAUCAGGAGCGCUGUCCACGAGUCUCUGACGGGUGUUUGGAUUAUGUAUACCGCUUUCGCCGGCCUCGGUGCGCUGGCGGGCAUUUUUGUCGCGGUCCAUCCACUAAGCAACAUACACAAAAGCGUUGUGCUUGGGCUGCCCGGUAAGCAGGGGAGCUUCAAGUCGGUUGCUGGGAACGGGCCUAGCGAAGACAACGACAAGUGA